AUGACGAACAAUAACGAUGAUUUAGAUGAUUUUUUCAAGAAAAAGGAUAAAAAAACAAAAAAAAGUACGAAGUCACAAUUAUUGACGAAUAACGAAGAAUUAUUGAAACAACUAGUAGCAGUUACCACACAUGAACAGCAGGAUUACGAUGAUGAUGACAUGGACUUACCGGCAAUAAACGAAGAGUUUGUUGGAAAUCAUUCUUUACCGUUAUUUACAGUAGAAGAUGACCGAACAGUUAUUGUUAAUCCGCAACCAUUUGUUCCAGUGAAAGGUACGAAUUUACAAUCAAAGAAGAAAACGUCGGCAAAUCAAUCAGCAACAGCAGCUCCUACAUCUGAUUCAAAAGCGUCGACCGCGUCAAAUCAGGAUGACGAAUGGGAAGAAUUUCCCGAACAUGGAGAUCCAAAUGCUUGGAUUGUUGACCAAGAUGAAGAUGAAUAUUUGUAUGCAGAUGAAAAUGAUGGUGAACCAAGACGCGAUCAGAAAGAGCUACAACAAAAGCCGGCGUGGAAUCAACUUGUUAAUAACAAUGACAAUGAUCAACAACAACAACAACAACAACAACAUGAACAGGAAACAAAAAUUAGUUUGGCUAAUAUAGUUGAAAGUGGAGCAAAACAACAAGUAGGACCGACAGCAACGCAAGGAAAAUAUGUUGCACCACAUCAGCGUGGGGGUGGUAGUAUUAGUAGUGUUGAAAAACCGCAUCGUAAACCAUCAUCAAAAGUUCAACCUAACUUUCAAAGUACAGAAGAAUUCCCCGUAUUGGGAACAGCAAUGACAAACAUGAAAAUAAAUGAGAAAAAAUAA